AAUGGACUGGAAAUGUGUCACUCAUAAUGGAACUAUUGUGUGUGCGCCUUCUAUGUGCUACAGUCAAUUAUGGUUGCAUUUCAUAUCUUGGCUAGAAGACAACGCAUCAGCAAAUAUCGAAUGUUAGCCAUCCUACUAUAUCAGCUUUGCAAGUUACAUUACAAAUGUUCCAGUAACAUCACAUUGAAGCACGUAUUGGAAGCUGUAUCAGAAGUUGAUGGAGGAGCAUGGCCCUGCCCUCUUUAGAUUCCUCCCUCCAAGGGAUCCCGAAGAAUGUGCUGGCUGUUUCCAUGGAAACUAAGUACCAAUGCCAGCAGUGUCACCAGGUCCUGAGGAAGCCGGUCCAGGCUCAGUGUGGACAUCGCUUCUGUGUCCACUGUUUCAAACUGCUCACCAGCUCUGGACCCAAGCCCUGUGAAGCCUGUCAACAGGAGGAGAUAUACGAGGAGCCCCAGUCCAUUCUCAAUAGCAAUGAGGCUUUUCCAGACAAUGCAGCCGGUAGAGAAAUCGCCAGCCUGCCUGCCAAAUGUUUCAAUGGGGGCUGCUCUUGGACAGGUUGCAUCAAAGAAUAUGAGGCACAACACGAGGGCAAGUGUGAGCAUGAGCACGUACCAUGUGAAGCCUGCCAGGUCCUCAUCCUGCGUAGUGAAAAAGAGAGGCAUAACGAGAGAGAAUGUGAAGAAAGAACAUUGAACUGCAAGUACUGCAAAGUCUCCUUCAACUUCAAGCAGAUCAAGGCUCAUGAUGAAAUCUGCCAGAAGUUUCCCAUGCAGUGCAAGGACUGUGGAAAGAAAAAGAUCCCACGGGAAAAGUUUCUAGAUCACAGCAGAUCCUGUGCCAAGUCUAAGACUGCAUGUCCAUUCAGUGAGGUUGGCUGCAAGGCUGUGAUUGAUAAUGGAAAACACAGUGACCACGAGCAGACGAACGUCGUGGAGCACAUGCGUCUGAUCCUGGCGACGUCUAUGGUGCGGCUGCAGCGUCCGGAGGCCCCGGGGCUGGGGGAGUGGCAGGAGGACUCUGGGAUUGGCCUGUACCGCGCUCCUGAGGAGGGAGCCACAGCUUCUGCAGCCACAGUUGGGGGCGGAACCGCUGCCUCUGGACAGACCAGUGGCCUUGACCAUAAGGUGACAGUGCUGGAGAAUAUAGUGUGUGUACUGAACAGAGAAGUAGAGAGGAGCUCUCUCACUUUAGAGGCCUUCUCGCGACAACAUCGACUAGACCAGGACAAGAUGGAGAACCUCAGCAACAAGGUGCGUCAACUAGAGCGUACUCUCACCAUGCGGGAUCUACAGCUAGCCGAGACAGACCAGACUCUGAGGGAGCUCCAGUUCUGCACCUUUGACGGUGUGUUUGUUUGGAAGAUCGCUGACUUCUCACGCCGCCGGCAGGACGCUGUGGCCGGGCGAACACCCGCCAUGUUCUCACCAGCGUUCUAUUCCAGUAAAUAUGGCUAUAAGAUGUGUCUAAGACUGUAUCUGAAUGGGGAUGGAACAGGUCGAGGGACACACCUUUCUCUUUUCUUUGUGGUGAUGAGGGGCAAGUGUGACGCUCUGCUCAAAUGGCCCUUCAGUCAGAAAGUGACUCUGAUGCUGCUGGAUCAGAAUAACAGGGAGCAUAUUAUUGACGCCUUCCGACCUGAUGUCAGCUCCACCUCUUUCCAGCGGCCAAUCAGUGAGAUGAACAUAGCCAGUGGCUGCCCACUCUUCUGCCCAUUAGCUAAACUGACAGGCAAGAGCUCCUACCUUAGGGAUGAUACCAUUUUCAUCAAGGCCAUUGUAGACCUCACAGGCUUGUAAGAGGCUGUGGAAGCCCCCUACACAAAGGCACAAAACACAGACUAAUAUAUAUAUAUAACUUCUGAAAAUUACAUGAUAUAAGUAAUAUUAUAAUAAAAUGCAUAUAUUUAUUAUUAUAAGUAUAUCAUAGACACUGUUUAUUUUGCUGGCUGAAGGCACUGGAAUGAAAAUGAAUUCUGCUAGCAGAUCUUUUCAAUUGGUUAAAACAGAGAAAAAUAGGGUGAGUGAUAUGGCCAACCCAAGUGCUGGCUCUGACUACUAGAAGUGCAGUAUUAUGCAGAGGAUGCCGUGACUUUUUUUGAAUGCAAGGCAAUAAGAGCUUGUCAAAAUUGGUCAUCAAAUGGGCUCAUUGCACAUAAAUCACGUUAUGUAUUUCUAUUAUAUUUUCCAAUAUUUCUUAAUUUGGAGACACUGACGUGAUCGUGCCAAAAUGACACUGUCAAGUUGUGAAACUGCUUUUACUUGAGGUAGCACCUGUUGUACACAUGGACAAGGAUGUGUUGGCGAUCCUGCCCAUUCAUCAUGUGAGCAGGCACAACUUUUUAAAUGGCAAAACCCACAGGUCGGUAAUUUAUAUUAAAGAAAUGUUCCAUAAACUCCGCCUAGUGCUUUCUCAAAAAAAGCUACAAGCCGGUCCCAAGCCCGGAUAAAGGAGGAUGGGUUAGGUUACGCGUAAGACUAGCAGGCGCAAUCUGUAAAAAAAAUAUUUUAAAAAUAAAAAUAAAUUGUGGGGGGGCAACAGUACAAUUAUACUAGUUGAUCAUAGAUGGCAAAUGCUCCUUGAGGAGCAACGGGUCUAACUAAGUAGCUUAGAGCAUUCCAAAAACAUAAGUACGCUUUCCCAUUUAAACAGUUGUGCACUCGCAUCCAGUAGCGGUGCGUGGGUAAAAUCACUGGGGGGGGGGGAUUGAAUACUUACAAUGUUGUGAUCAUUGCGUUGUUUGCUCUAUAACCUGUUAGUUCAUAUGCCUUGACACCGUAAUAUAUAUAUAGGCCUAAGGCCGAGACAAUAAGAAGACACAGUAGCAGAAUAAAUUCAACCACAGCUUUUUUUCAUCACAAAACAGGAGAGCAACCUCUGUCUGGUGAAGUCCACAAAAGAUAUUGCAUGUAACAGUUACAUGACCUACAGCAUGAUCAAGCAAGUUAAUGUUUCUGUCAUUUUCAGACUACGAAACAACUAUUGAUUUAGAACCACUGAGUUACCGCAAGUCACAAAGAAAACAGGAGCUGCCUCCACUAUUCCAGCACCAUUUCAACAUUAUCUAAUCACCUAUUCUUAGUCUAAUACAGUGACAACUAAAAUAUACCACAAGUAUACCGCAAGUAGAAAAACAUGUUGACUCACCCUACACCCUACCCUAGAAACGCCAAUGCCAUCCUACACUUUCCUGUUGCCUAAACGAUCUAUGACUCUGUCAUACACUUUAAAAAAUGUUUUUUGUUGUCCAAGGCUACCUGGCUAAAAUACUAGUUCACUAGCCUAACUUCCUUUCAUUGGCAAUGAUGCGCCAGGCCAGCUAGUUAACAUUAGCCUAACAUUUCUACAUGUUGAACUUCCAUCCUCUCGGGCCAGGUACACAAUGAAUGAAUUUAUGGUUGGAUCAGAAUUCCCAUUAUAAUCAUUGGCCAGUACGGAUAAUUAAGUAAACCACAAGUCCAAUUCUCUAUCCAUUGCUAAUUUAGGAAUGGGACAAUUUUAGCUAGCUAGCCACUGGGGGACAACGACACAAUGGGAUGCAAUUAAUUCAAGUUUUCUGUCAAUGAUGUUUGGCUUCUAAUGUGAUGUGAUUGGUCUGAAGCCAAAUCCAAACUGGCUUACCUUGAGAUUUUUUUUUUUGGUGUGCCAGGACCAUUCACAGCUGAUCUCACUCAGUUUAGCUCAACGUUGAUUGGCUAUUUUAUAGAAAAAAUCAAGGGAGGCCAAAUGCUCCUUGGCAUCCAUGAAUACACACCACUGCUCACAUCCAUGCUGUAUGCGCUGUACUUAAAGCCUAAUAAAUCAUUGAACAAGGUGGGUGCAUAAUACUGUGCAUGUGCACAACAGGCUUUACCUUGAAUUAAAGUAAUUGAAGCAGUAUCAAGUUUGUUACAGUUAAUGUCUUCUACGAAGCAUGGCAAAGAAUUAUCAAAAUAGCUGCAAAGCGGACCAAAUUUGACACCUCUUAAUUGACCUUUCAAAGGCACCACAUCCUCUGCAUUAUCCUGAGCUUCAGGCAGACAUGGGCAAUACUUAAUUUGAGCAUUAUAUGCCAUUUUGACUGAAUGGCGCCGGAGGAGAUGGCUGCCGAUUUUACGGGCCCUUAACCAAUUGUGCUAUUGUGUGUGUUUUCGUGUUAUUUGUAACAUAUUUUGUACCUCGCUACUAUUAUUUUACUGCUGCUCUCUUAGUUAAAAAAUAUAUUUUUUUUACUUAACAAUUAUUUUUCUCAACUGCAAUGUUAGUAAAGGCUUGUAAGUAAGCAUUUCACGGUAAGGUCUACACCUGCUGUAUGCAGCGCAUGUGACAAAUACAAUUAGAUUUUGAUUUGAUCCGCUCGAGGCUCAGAUGAACCGAUCAUCGUAUCUUUCCUCAGUAUACUUUUUAGUCUAGUUCUGUUAGCUAGGUAGAUGAACAGUGCCUAUAUAGCUGUAGUGUACAAGAGUACGCCACAGUAGACAUGUACCCAAUUAAGAUAUAUGAUUAAAUAUACUGUAAUAAAAUACAGUAUAUUAACUAACAAUUAUAUGAACUAUAUGUUAUAGGCUAAGCUGAGAAAGCUCCUGCUCUUUUCAAAUACGAAAUGCAUAUUUUAUCUCAAAUUUCAAGAUUAGUAUUUAUACUGAGCUAGCGCAUAAAUAAAUGGUAAGUUAGCAGACUAUUAUGCCAGCAUAAUUGUAUUGAAUAGAACAAUUAAGUGUUUUUGAAUGUCAUACUUGUGACAGGUUAACCUUAUCUAUCUUGUGUAGAGUGGAUGAGAAUUAUUUAAGGACAUCUCCUUCACUUGUUGUUGUUGGUCAUUAUUCAGCUAUAACUAAUAUACAAAGACAUUUGAUGUGUUAAUGUAGAUUAUGUAUGUUUUUGUCACUAAUGGUAGAGUCAUAUGUAGGUGUAUUGUUGAAGGGCAGGUUACAGAAAUAUAACAGCAGUGUGUAAUGUUAAUUAUAUGCAUGUGUUAAAGGAAAGCAAUUCUGAUUAAUAUAGUUAGUUACCUGUUUAAGUUUGCCAUUGAUUUAUUUGUCUUAUUUAACCAAGGAAGUCGCACUGAUCUUGCAGGAGUCAUUUUGUUUUAUGCUCUCAUGAUUGUGACUGUCAAGACUUCUGUGCUGUAGAGUCUUGUUUUUAUUGGAACAUUUUGAGGUGUUUGAUUUGAUUGCAUGUUAAUUCAAACGCCUAUCUAGCAUGGAGUAGUCCUGGGAUUAUAUAGAAGAUGUAUUGUAUCUAUAACAAUGAAUUGGAGGGGGGAAAAGUAUACCUGUUUCUCAAUACAUUAUCUACCAAUGAGAAUGGUGUUGUGAAAAUAAAUACAUUUGAUAAAA